AUGGCGGCAUUCGUGGGAACAGCUGCCGUUGCGGCUCCAGUGCAAGUCCCUACAGUGAAGCAACUAUCGGCAGGGCCCAGUAGCAGCAGGGGCAGCAGCGUUUCGGUUCGCUCUGCCGUGCCUAAGAAGCUUAGAUCCGAGCUUUUGGGAACGCAGCUUUCCGCUACGUCAUGCGUGCAAGCAGCUUCGCAGAAUGUUCGCGCGCGGUCGCUGGAGGUCCGAGCAGUGGCGACGGAAGCUCCGACGAAGAUGUCGAAAAUCGUGAAGUGGGAUCAGGGAAAGAGACUGCAGACCCAGACGACAACCAUCGCUGCGGAUACGACCACCAUUCGCUCUCUCGACUGGGACCGCGACCGUUUCGACAUCGAGUUCGGUCUUCUCAAGGGCACCACCUACAACUCCUACAUCAUCCGCGGCGCCGACAAGGUCGCCUUAAUCGACGCGUCGCACGAGAAGUUCCGCGAGCUCUACCUCGCCGCGCUUAAAGCCGAGAUCGACAUUAAAGACAUCGAUUACGUCAUCGCGAACCACACAGAACCGGACCACAGCGGUCUGAUCCGAGACCUAAUCGAACUGAACCCCAACAUCACCGUCGUCGGGUCGAAAGUUUGCAUCCAGUUCUUGCAGAACCUAGUCUUAAAGCCGUUUAAGAGCAUCGUGGCGCAGCCGGGAAAGACGCUGGACCUGGGCGGCGGGCACGAGCUGGAUUUUAUCAUGGCGCCGAACCUGCACUGGCCUGAUACCAUGUUCACGUUCGAUAAAGGCACGGGCGUCAUGUUCACGUGCGACGCGUUCGGCAGCCACUACUGCUCCGAGAAGGUGUACGACGAGGAUUUAAGCGAGUUGGAGCCGCACUACCGCUUCUAUUACGACUGCCUCAUGAAGCCCAACUCGCGAUCCGUCCUCACCGCCCUGCGCAAGGUCGCCACUGCGGGGUGGGAGUUCUCGGAAAUAGCAGUGGGGCACGGUCCUCUGCUGCGCUACAACGUGCCCGAGCUCACGCUCAAGUACGAGCAGUGGAGCAAGGCCGCCAUCGAGAAGCAGAAGUCCUCCAUAGCGGUGCUGUAUGUGAGCGACUACGGGUACAGCGACCGCCUCUCCCAGUGCAUCGCGCGCGGCAUCACCAAGGCGGGGGCGGGCGUGGAGAUGAUGGACCUCAAGGCCGCCGACACUCAGGAGCUCGUGGAGUGCAUCGGCCGCAACGCUGCUGUGGUGCUCAUGAUGCCCCCAACCACCGGCCCUGCUGCUGCUGCCAUCGCCCCACUCGUUGCUGGCAUCAAGACCAAACAGUCCGUGCUGCUGUGUGAGUCGUACGGAGGGGACGACGAGCCGAUCGACACGCUCAUGUACAAGUUCAACGACCGCGGAGUCAAGAUGCCCCUUGAACCCCUCCGCAUCAAGGAGCCCCCCACCGAAGCUGUCUACCAGCUGUUUGAGGAGGCGGGCACUGACUUGGGCCAGCAGCUGACGCAGAAGGCAGUGAGGGAUGAGACGAGGCGCAGCAUGCCUCUGGCAGUGGCCAAGGCCAUUGCACGCGUGUCAGGCGGGCUGUACGUGGUGACGGCUAUCAAAGGCGCGUCCAAGGGUGCCAUGAUCGCCUCCUGGGUGUCCCAGGCUAGCUUCAAGCCACUGGGUAUCACUGUUGCUGUGGCCAAGGACAGAGCCAUUGAGUCGCUCAUGCAGGUGGGAGACUCUUUUGUGCUCAACUGUCUCGAGGAGGGCAACUUUGCUCCUCUCAUGAAGCACUUCCUCAAGCGCUUCCCCCCUGGCGCUGACCGCUUUGAGGGCGUUGAGUGGGACCCGGCCAGCAACGGGUCGCCUGUGCUGGCAGGAUCGCUGGCUUUCCUGGAGUGCACUGUGGUGAGCCGCAUGGAGACCAACGACCACUGGAUCACGUAUGCUGAGGUCACUGCAGGGAAGGUAUCCAAGCCCGAGGGUCGCACCGCUUCUCACCACCGCAAGCUGGGCGACUAUUAUUAA